UGCAUCCGAAACAAACAGAAUGGCGGUUUCACUCUCAAGAACUCCUCAACCCUGUGUUGGACAAAUCUCAAUCAUGAACAAGUUUCACACCAUCUCAUCCAAAACCCUCCGCAGUUUCAAUCCCCUUUUCAAGCCCUGCACUCAAACCCUCUUCCUCAGCUCCCAAAAACCUAAAGCCAAUCUCCAAUAUCCUCCUCGCAACACAAUGCGAUGCCUUUUCACCGGCAUCGUCGAGGAAAUGGGCCGAGUCAAGCAACUGGGCACCGCCCAAAACGGCGGUUUCGACAUGAAAAUCGGCGCCAAAACCGUUCUGGAAGGCGUUCACCUCGGGGAUAGCAUUGCCGUCAACGGAACGUGCCUGACCGUGACUGAAUUCGAUACCCAGUUGUCGGAUUUCACAGUCGGGCUGUCGCCCGAGACGCUUAGGAAGACGUCUCUGAUCGAGCUCGAAUCGGGAUCACUUGUGAAUUUGGAGCGGGCGGUGCAGCCCACGAGCCGAAUGGGCGGGCACUUUGUGCAGGGUCAUGUGGAUGGCACAGGGGAGAUAGUGUCCAUGGAGCCCGAGGGCGAUUCGCUGUGGAUCAAGGUAAAGGCAUCGAAGGAGGUGUUGAAAUAUGUGGUGCCGAAAGGGUUUAUAGCAGUAGAUGGAACUAGUUUGACUGUGGUGGAUGUGUUUGAUAAAGAAGAGUGCUUUAAUUUCAUGUUGGUGGCUUACACUCAGCAGAAUGUGGUGAUUCCGUUGAAGAAGGUCGGGUCGAAGGUUAAUUUGGAGGUUGAUAUACUCGGGAAGUAUGUCGAAAGACUUCUCAGUAGUGGGUUUGUUGAGUCAAUCAAAUCUUCAUGACUCAUAAGUUUUCUCUUUACAGUGAUUGGCGGGAGAAAUUAUUACGUGGUGUUCUGGACUACGGAAAAUAGGUGGUUCCACCCAAUUAAAAUAUUGCGUGUGUUUGUUUGAAGCUCAAUGGGAGAAAGGUCACCUCUCUGUUGAACGUCAAGGGUUGAGGUAAGUUUUUUUCGUCCUCGUGUGUUGAUUUCUUCCAUCAGCUGAUCUAUACUUUAAGUAGUUUUUAGACACAAUCUUAAACACCAGACACGCCUUAGGCUAAAGGUUUGGCUCCAUGAGCCAGUAAAUCCAAAAGGAAUGAAUAUUGUCUAGUAUUUCUUCUACUAGUGGUUCUAUUCUCCUUCCUCCCUGAGUACUGAGGUCUGUAUGUCGUUCUGCUUUUCCUGCAAAUUGAGCAUCCAACUCUCGUUCGUAGUGCUUCAUGACCAAUUUUAGGCCUUUUUUUUUUUUCAAAUGAAAAGCUUUCUGCUUUUAACAUCCUCCAAUUCUCUCCUGUCUUGGUCAUAAUUUUAGGAACAGCAAUGGUAUUUGUUCCCAGGGGAGUGACUGGCUCUUUAUUGUGUUGUAAUGGGCCGACCUGCUGUGUAAAUUUUUGCAAAAACUACAUUUGUGAACAAAGUCUUAUGGGACUUGAUUUCGAGAGAGUCUGAAUAGCAGAUCUCGAUGUGAAAUAGCUCGAACCAAGAAUCACCAUCGUUAGUGAUGGCCUGAUGGGGGAACGUCGUCAUCGCUAACCUUUCUCUUAGUAGAGAGCAGACGCAGCUUGCUCAACAUCAAGUUGCCAAGCUGGAGGUCCUCAACAUCAAGUUGCCAAGUUGGAGGUGGAGGGGGCUCAGCUUUCAUUGGGAUAUCAUUCUACUUCACUUAGUCCACUUGCACAAUUUGCCAAACCAACCACUCCAUUUCUCCCCAUCUCAGCCGAAAGUGAGAAACAAUGACAAGUUCAUCAUUCCAACCAAACACAGCCGGUUCUCCUCUUUGUGAGCGUGGACGGAUGAGUAAUGUGCCAAGAUUCAACAUUUCAAUAUAACAUUUAAACAGAGAAUGCGCGUGCCAUAUGAACAUUUGGUACACUUGUACGGUAUUUGGUUGACUUGGGCAAGUGAGUUUGACUCCAAAUUUAGUGGAUUUGGUGAUCUGAUCUCUCUCGUCUCCAUGUCGGCAAGGCUUUAAUUUCUUUUUGUUAUCCAUA